UGAGGGGAGGAAACCCUAAGCGCACGCCUGGGGUUGGCGACGCAGGCGAUGCAGCCGAGCAGCAAGGAGAUGCAAGCGACGGUGGGCGGACUCCCCGCUUCCGCCGUCGCUGCUCACAUUGCGCUUCAGGAGCUUCACAACGGCGGAGGCGCCGACCACGACGACUUCCUCGAUCAGAUGAUGUCCGGUCUCGCCCCCGCCUGGCAGAUGGGGCUCGGAGGGUACGAUGAUGCGUCGCUUCUCACGUCGAGGCUCCGGCAGCACCAGGCCGCCGGUGGAGGGAGCCCGCCGCCGACGGGGAAGUCGAUGCUGCUCCAGCUCAACCACCACCAUUACGCUCAUCACGCGUCUCCCCAGCAGCAAUUGCUCCUUCAGUCGAUGGGGCUGCCGCCGGCGGGAGGCGGCGGUGACUCGGGGGGGUUCCUUCCGUUGCCGCUCUCCCUCGGGAGCGGCGGGUCGCGGGAUUCCGGCCUUCUCUUCGACAGAUCUCGAGAGGAAGUCGAUGCGCCCUUCAAAUCCUCUGAUUCCACGGAAGCGGAGGCGCUCUACAACGGAUUGGGGGAAUCGCUGCAGCGAGCGGCUCAGGCGCCGAACCACCACCAGCAUUUCCCUCAUCCCCAGAACCACCGAGGAGCUCCGCCGGCAGCGGCCGGUAGAGGCCAAGUCCCUGCGGCAGCGUCGGGUUCACCAUCCACCGGCGGGGGCGCGGUACCUCCCAGGCCCAGGGUGAGGGCGAGGCGAGGGCAGGCGACGGAUCCACAUAGCAUUGCCGAAAGACUUCGGAGGGAGAGGAUCGCGGAGAGGAUGAAAGCGCUGCAGGAGUUGGUGCCCAACGCCAAUAAGACGGACAAGGCGUCGAUGCUGGACGAGAUCAUCGACUACGUCAAGUUCCUGCAGCUCCAAGUGAAGGCAUUGCCUCUCUCUCUCUCUCUCUCUCUCUCUCUCUCUCUCUCUUUCUCCUGCUACGAUUCGAUACAGUCGAGUCCUGCGUUUAAUACAUGGUGAGAAGCAUCAGGAGGCCGACUGGUCGACACGUGGGUCUCGAAGAACUCCCAUUGGCUGAUGCUUCAUUAAUGACUUCACAUGGUCCGACGUGUGAUUCAUGGGACCACUGCUGCAUGCAUGGUCUCUUUGUCAUACUAGUAGUAUAUGCUACGUUGAUUACUUGGCAGCGUAUGUUAAUGUGAUGGCACGUAGAACUCCGUUCCCGCUGAUAUUAAUUCUCCGCAUGCAUCCGUAAGACGCAGGUGCUGAGCAUGAGCAGGUUGGGCGGAGCAGCGGCGGUUGCGCCGCUCGUGGCUGAUAUGUCAUCGGAGGCCGGGGCGGGACGAGGAGGAGCUGACGGAGCAGCGGCCGACGACGGCCUGACGGCGGCGGAGAACCAGGUGGCGAAGCUGUUGGAGAAGGACAUGGGGUCGGCGAUGCAGUACCUCCAAGGGAAGGGCCUUUGCCUCAUGCCUAUCUCCCUCGCCUCGGCGAUCUCGUCCGCCACCUGCCAUCCCCGGCCUCCCAUUCCUGGCGGUCUCAGCCAUCUCAACCGCCGCACAGCCCCGUCCCCGCAUGCAGCUGGCGAUGCACCCUCAUCGCCCAGCAUGUCCGCGCUGACAGUGCAGUCCACCAACGGCGGCGGCGACGCCGAUGUCUCACGGCCCUCCCGCUGCAAGGACUGAGCCUCCGUCCCUCGAGACAGAUGAAUACGAGAAGGAAGAGAGACCCAAAAUGACGAUGCUUCAAGACGACGUCAAGCAAAAAGCACAAGAGAAUAAGGAUGCUUUUUGGAGUUGCUCGCCCGUAUAUGCCUGGAAUGGGAAUGCAUCGACCUGUCCACUUCAAAGUUCCGUCUUUUUCUGCUUCUUUUCCUUUCCAUCAGCUUUUUUUACCCUUUACUUUCCUGGAUCUGUAUCAGCAUUAUGUUUGCUUUCUUUCCUUCCUGCCAUUGUUUUACAGCC